AAAUAUUAAUGAAUUUCUUUUGAAACUUCAUGCGAUUGCUUGCCUGGUAUAUAAAUGGCAUAUUUACUACAAAGUUAUGUUACUAAAUAACUUCUUUUAUUUUUAGCCAUGAAGACUAUAAUCUCCACCGAGACUGUUUCGAUUCCUAAAGGAGUAACUGUAAAGGUGAAGGCACGAAGGGUGACUGUGACCGGUCGACGAGGGACACUUGUAAGAAGUUUCAGACACUUGCCAGUUGAAAUGCAGAUAGUUGGCAAGAAGACGUUAAAAGUUGACAAGUGGUUUGGCAAGCACAAGGAACUUGCAGCAACAAAGACUGUAUGUUCUCAUGUUGAAAACAUGAUCAAGGGAGUCACAAAGGGAUUUAUGUACAAAAUGCGUGCAGUUUAUGCCCAUUUCCCGAUCAAUAUAGCCAUUUCUGAUGACAGCAAACAGGUAGAAAUCAGAAAUUUCUUGGGUGAAAAGUUCACGAGACAUGUUAACAUGUUGCCAGGUGUCACAUUCACCACCUCAAAAAACCUCAAGGAUGAGUUCCUGUUGCAGGGAAAUGAUAUUGAACUGGUUUCCAGAUCAGCUGCUCUUAUUCAGCAGUCGACCAUGGUGAAGGAUAAAGAUAUCAGAAAAUUUCUGGAUGGGAUUUAUGUGUCUGAAAAGACCAUAGUUGAUCAGGAAUAAAUGACAUGAAAAAAAGACAAUAAAACUAUCGAGUGGA